CCUUUAGCUAUUUUCAUUGAAGUUCAGGGAAUUUUGAAUUGAAAUUUCGAAAGAAAUCGAGUUUGCAAUAAGUUAAGAAACCUGCCUGAAACAGUAACAUUGGCAAUUUAAAAUUGAAAUAAAAUUCCGUUCUAGUCUAAAAGUUAUGAGUCGGUGUUUCAGAGAUUAGGUAUACAGUAUUUGCAUUUCUGGAUGCAAAAACGAAAAGAAACGAUGAGACGCAGUUUUGAGUUGGUCAAUAAUAGGUGGAUUGGUGAUGGCCAUCCAUGUUUUAUUAUUGCUGAAAUUGGACAAAACCACCAAGGAGACAUUGAAAUAGCCAAGAAACUAAUAAAGAUGGCCAAAGACUGUGGGGCUGACUGUGUUAAGUUCCAAAAAUCUGAUUUACACGCCAAGUUCACCAAAUCAGUCUUGGAUCGGUUGUAUGAAAGCCCACACGCUUGGGGUUCAACAUAUGGAGAGCACAAACAAGUCCUUGAGUUUUCAAAGGAUCAAUAUGAAGAACUCAUGGCCUUUGCCUCUUCUCUAAACAUUCACUUCACAGCCUCAGCCAUGGAUGACAUGUCUGUGGAUUUCCUAGUCAACUUACGAGUUCCAUUUCUCAAAAUCGGAUCUGGUGAUGCCAAUAAUUUAAUUUUGCUAGAGAAAGCUGCCAAAACAAAUCUACCUAUUGUGUACUCUACAGGAAUGCAAGACAUGCAAACUGUCAUCAGAGCCAUGGACACAAUGAAUUCUUUUAACUCAAAAGUCUGUCUCCUACAGUGCACCUCCUCAUACCCAACUCCAGAAGAUGAAGUUCAUUUACGUGUAAUGCAAACCUAUCGAGACCAUUUUCCUGAAUCUCCCGUUGGAUAUUCCGGUCACGAACUAGGUCUUACCAUAACUUUAGCCGCUGCAGCUCUAGGAGCUCACAUCAUCGAACGGCACAUCACGUUGGACAAAACAUGGAAGGGCAAUGACCACGCCUGUUCACUCGACGAAACGGAAUUAAAGUCGUUGGUGGAGGGAAUACGAACAAUCGAGAAAGCUCUGGGCUGUGCCAUUAAAUCAAAGCAGCCAUCCGAAGAGCCUUGCCAUCAAAAAUUGGGCAAAUCGGUUGUUAGCAAACAGAAAUUGGAAGCUGGUGUCCAGCUUUGUAGAGAACACUUGACUGUUAAAGUGGGACAACCAGUUGGUUGGCCUCCUCAGGAUCUUGAUUUACUAGUCGGAAAAAUCCUUUCAAGGGAAGUGGUACAGGACGAAUCCAUUACUUUAGAUUGUAUUAUUUAAAUUUCCAUAAAACAAAGUUAAACAUCAUUCGACACAAACUAAAAGAAAAAAAAGCAAGGAUUCAAAAUACUAAGACUUUGUACCGUGUUGCUUCGAUGGCAUUCCAAUAAGAAGAUCGUGUUUGGGUGAACAUAAAUCAGG